AUGCAGCCUUCCGACGCUGCGACCAUCACGGAUGAUCGGCCAGGCACCCCACCCCGCCCGCCAUAUUCUCCAGUGACGCCGGUAUUCGCCCAUCUCGAUCCAGUCGCAACCAACAAUGCGACAAUAGUGCCACCCCUUUUGUCGCCGUCGCCGACAACUCAAGUUGCACCAGAGACACCCGCCUACCAAGCCCCGCGGCCACCUGCAGCACCGGCUGUCAUUAAACCAGAACCGCCUCCCGUGCCUAUCUCCGAAAGCGAGAACCCCGAUGCGAUCGCUCUGCGGUCGGCGAUCUCAAUAUUGCAACUGCAGAAACAACAAAGUUUGCGCGACAUCCAAAGCCUCGAGCGUAUGAAAGAUGUUGCUGGCUCCGAUCCAGAAGGCUUUGCCCGUGAUCUGGCCUCGGGGAGAUUACGCACGGAGGACAGCGGCGCUGUGAUCCAAUUCACCGAAGACGACAAUAUGGACACCGACGAAGACGAAGAAAACCAAAAUGAAACCGGGGGGGCAAUCAACAGGCAAAGAUCCGAAGUUGUCUCCCUUUGGCCGCAUACCGGCGGCCCAAAACGUGGUACGCAUGCCUCCAAUCAACUGGUCCAAGUACCAUGUGGUUGGCGACUCGCUGGACCGCAUGCAUGA